AUGCAUAUAGCCGUCUUGAUGAAGUAUUUCCGAGAGGACUUGAACAUCGGAGGCGGAUUCAACAUGAGCACUGGGACCUUCACUGCUCCGGUGGAGGGCCUCUACUAUUUCACUUGGCACGGGUGCAAUCGGAAGUACGACAUUCAUACCCCUCUCCACAUUCGCAUCAGCCACGUUGAGGGGCAUCCUGCUGAUGAUCAAUUCCAAGGUACGGGACUAACAGUCAAUUCCGAAAACCCGCAGGGAGGUACCAUUGCCACCGUGACGACCAAAGGCUACAUGUACUUGAAGAAAGGACAAAUGGUCUCGUCCCUUUUGCAUGGUGUAGUGGUCCAUAACCCAGAAACCCCGGACGGGUUCAAAGAU